UUCAACAUUGUUCUGUUGAAGGUUAUACUGAGCUCUGAACCACAUUACUUUCCUGUCUACGUUUCAUUUCCUGGGGUCUGGCCAAGUGAUAAACAGACCCAGGCAUGUGGUAGACUCAGGGUUCUUCAGCACGAAGAGGGUGGCUGGAGUUUGCUUAGUUAAAGGCAUCAAUUGACUUCUGUGAUCAUGAUGGAAAUCCUGGUGUAAGGCCUUCGGGAGACGAUGGAGAAAAAAUGGACAUACUGUGCUGUCUAUUCCAUCAUCCAGAUACAUUUUGUCAGAGGAAUAUGGGAAGGCGCAUUCGGUGCAGAAGACAUUUAUGCUUUACCUGGCUCUGAUGUCAACCUGACUUGCCAAACACAGAGGAAAAGCUUCUUGGUGCAAAUGCAAUGGUCCAAGAUCACCCAAAAGGUGGACCUCAUUGCCCUUUAUCAUCCCGAAUAUGGCUUCCACUGUGCCAGUGAGGUUCCCUGUGAGCCACUGGUGGCUUUCACAGAAGCUCCUGGGAAUGUGACAAAAUGGACUCUGCACUUAAGAAACAUGUCAUCCUCACUCAGUGGGAAGUAUGAGUGCAGCUUCACUUUGUAUCCAGAGGGCAUUCGGACUAAAAUCUACAACCUUCUCAUUCAGACAAAUGUUAUACAGGAUGAACAGAGAAGCAACAAUACAAUAGAAACAGAGAUAAAUCAGACUCUGGAAAUACCAUGCUUUCAAAAUAUCUCCUCAGAAAUUUCAUCUGAGUUCACCUUUGCAUGGUUGGUGGAAGAUAAUGGAACUCAGGAAACACUUAUCGCCCAAGAUCACUCCAUCAGCAAUUCCACAUUAUUUAAGGACAGAGUCAAGCUAGGUACGGACUAUGGGCUCUACCUCUCUCCAGUCCAAAUCCAUGAUAAUGACCGGAAGUUCUCUUGCCACGCCAUAGUCCAGCCUGGAAAAAUCUUGAGGAGUUCCACCACGGUCAAGGUUUUUGCUAAGCCAGAAAUCCCCAUGAUUGUGGAAAAUAACUCCAUGGAUGUCUUGGGAAAGAAAAUAUUUACCUGCUCACUGAAGAAUGUAUUUCCCACAGCAAAUCUCACAUGGAUUACAGACGACGGAAGUGAAAGAAAAGAAAUAUACAUUACUAAUAAAGUGAGAAAAGACAAAGAUGGAUUUUUGAAACUGAAGUCUGUUUUGAAAAUGGUGAAUGGCAAUAAACUGGCCCAGUCAAACAACCUGACCAUCUGGUGUAUGGCUGUGUUUCCAGUCCCCGGACAUAAAGAGUUGAAUAUCUCAUCCCAGAAGAUCACGUUUCCCCUGGGUUCAGUGAACCCUUCAACAGGUCCUGCACUGAAUGUCACAGAACCUACCUUUGACACCCAUCCUUCUCCAGCCAACAGUGUAUCUCCUACAGGAUAUCCAGCUACAUCUUCAACAACCCUUGUAGAUACGAGUACAUCAACUCCAAACUCCACCCCUCAAACCAGCAAUUCUAAUGUGACUACCCGAGGCUUCAACUACUCCUGGACCUCCAGUGUGGAAGACACCAAAAACUCUUCAUUGAUGCCCAGUGAAACAUACACUUCAUUCCCCUCAAGUGCAGGCUCAACACUUUAUGAUGAUGUCUUCAUCAGCACAACCGAAGUAUUUUCAGAAGUUCCCACAACUGCCAAUGGAUCUACUAAAAAGAAUUACAUCCGUAUCACUGAUGUUGUGGUUAAUAAGCCCAAGGAUGGAAUGUCCUGGCCAGUUAUUGUAGCAGCUUUACUCUUUUUCUGCCUGGCAUUGUUUGGUCUUGGAGUGAGAAGAUGGUGUCAAUACCAAAAGGAAAUCAUGGAAAGACCCCCGCCUUUCAAGCCACCUCCGCCUCCCAUCAAGUACACUUGCAUUCAAGAGUCCAUGGGAAAUGAUCUACCUUUUCAUGAGAUGGAAACACUCUAGUCCUUUGAGAUUUGCCAUGCAAUGAAAUUCUGCUCAAGUCCUAUUGAAAAAGUCGAUAUUUUGCAUUAUUAAAUAUUCACCUUCUAGCCAAGCCUCUACUGCAGCUGAAAUGAACAUCGGAAGAGAAUGACCUGUUUUCUCAGCAACUCACCCCCUUUCAUCUGCAUAUGCCUUUAAACAAGAAUGAGAGGGUGUUGUGCUGACACCCAAUGCAGUCUGUAGGAAUGUUCUUGCUUAUGUAAGAAGUGCAAAUUAGGCUGCCGUCAUUAAAAAAUACUUGCAGUGUUUUUAUUUUUCAUUUUAAUUCUUUGAUUGAGGUGAUGACAAUGGUUUCAAGCAUAUGUCAGUACCAGAUUCUCUUCUCUGGGCUUCUGCCAACAUUCUACACUAUUUGUCAAAUUGUGAUAAUCUCUGAGGCUUGCUGCAUUUCCAAGGAAAAUUACAAGAAGAAAAUGUGGAAGUUCUAGCAAGAUUCCAAAUAAUGGGAAAGUACAGUUAGUCUUCAUACUGAAAUUCUGUUGUUUAUUUUUACUGGAGGGAAACAGAAUAUCUUGCACAAGAACCCAGCUCCAAUCCUUUUUCACCCUUCCUCUCAUCAUGUUCAGCCCAGGAUCCUGCUCCAUGGGAUAAAGAAGGAUCGAUAUGAGCUAAGAGUGACCUCAUUCUCAGCUUUACAUGUGUGUGCCCUGUUCAUCCAAUCUGCCUGUUUUGAUAUAUCUUGAAACAAAUAAAGAGCCUCAAAUCAGA